AUGGCGGAACAGGACCCGGGCGGACGCCAGCCAGAUCAACGACCGCCAGCAUAUACCGGUCCUUUCCUAUUCGUCAACAAGAACGCCACAAAUCUCAGGUCCAGGCAGCGAGAAGAGGUAUUUGCUGUUCGAAGCCAUGCCAUGCAAAUUGCAAGGCGGUCGAGAAAGCCGUCUUCCCAGGCGAAAUCGUCGGAACGUGGAAGCCAGGCUCAGUCAGGGCCAACGAGCUCCGAAAGUCCAGCAGCCCAAACGGGUGCUCCAAGUCCGACGGCCGAGCCCAUUCCAUCCAUCCAAGACAUCCUUGAGCAGCAGGCCAGAGGGGUUCUCCAAUACCAGCAAAGGGAGGCUCAAAGACGCGAACCAGAGCAGUCCCGAAGGCAAUUGGCGACCCACGAAUCCCCAGCCCUGUCUCCAAGAUCUUCGACUUUCCCACUGUCGACCUCCAACCUUCUCCCUGCUGAAUAUGCCGCGUCUUUGGCGCAACUUAACUUAGCCGCGUCCCCCGUUCCUCUGAUUUCAAGCGGCGCUUCAGACCCCAGUGUUGCUGCACAAUUGUCCCCCGACACAUUUUUCAACUCCGUCCUGCAGUUCUGGCGGCUAUGCUACAUGUCAAACUUUUGGCCAGCACCCAUCUACUCCAGUCCUUCGCACAGAGCAGUCCAAUCCACCGACGGCUGGAUCCGGAAUAUGGUUAUCAACAACCCAGCUAUGUUGCACGGACUUUUCUCCGGCGCCCUCAGCUAUAUCACAAAUUACCUUCCCCGGACAGAGAACACUCCUAUGCUGUGGGCCAGAGCCAUCCACCAUCACGGAAAAUGUCUCGAAGAGACCCGGGCUCAGCUCGCUCGACCAGGGAUCAGCACUGAAGAAGCACUGAGUCUGAUCAACGGAAUGACGACGUUCAGUUUCCACUGCCAGGACCUGGAGAGUUGUCAAGUUCACCGUGCGGCUUCAAUGCGCCUUCUUCAAAGCAUUGAAGGAGGCCUCGAAUCGGUGCACCCAGUGCUAAAGUACCUUCUGAUACUUUGCGACUCGCUUACCACGAGCCAUGUUCCAAAACGGCCAUCUAUGGACGUCGAGUCUUGGGCACCUAAGCCCUGGUCAGAAGAACCGUCUUUGCAACCAUUUGAUCAUUUGUUCAGCUUCGAUGACCAGGUAUCUGAGGAGACGGACAUGGCGAUAUUUCUCCUUGCCGAACACGACGAGGAAAGCGACUACACGCAGCAUCUGCUGGAGCUGAUUAACUGGCAUCGCGAAGCAUUGGCAGCAAAUGAUCUCGCUUUCGUCCUGGCAGACACAUCGGGCUCCCCAGGCAUUGCCGAAUCUGUUGGUGAAGGCGGGCAAGACCCUGCCGAUCCGAUAUACACGUGGCUGUCGCUACGUCAGUACGCCUUGAUCUGUCUCUCGUCGGAUAUGUACGUGGACUUUAUAGAAACGGAGGUCCACGGGCGGUCAUUGUUGUCGCAGAUGCUUUGUGUCUUCCACUCUGGCAUUGUGCUUGCCACCAACUACAUGUUUCAGUUCAUCAUGCGAUACAGCAUGAAUGCUCCAAGCAUGGCAUACAUACCGUAUCAUCACCUGCGCAACAGAUUGGACUUGCUUAUGGCGCUCAUGGGCCAGUAUAGACGUCUGCAAGUGGCUGCAGCGGGAAAGAGGCGUAGUGGAAGAGGGCAAACUAACCCAAUUCCAACGGACACCCUUCUUUUCCUCUUCUUCGCUGGCGCCGUUGUCGAGGAAUCUGAUGGUCCCAAUCGAGUACAAGCACCACACCACAUCACAAGGGCAGGCGUAAUAUCCUCGCCUUCAGUCGAGCACCCGGGUGAUCUCAUCAAUGAACGCUGGUUCAGCGUUCACUUCGCGAUGGUCCUGCAACGCUUGAACCUCGAAGCUUGGGAAAAUGUCAGACAGGUGCUAAAGAGGUUCAUCUAUGCCGAGAGGGUACUGGAUCGGUUUUUGCAGGUGCUUGUGACGAGGAAGCUCGAGUUUCUGGCAGCUCUUAUUGCUGGGGUGCCGGAUCAUGCACCUGCUGGUGGCUCUGGCGACGCUGGCAGUGCUAGCUUUUUUGGAGGAUCGGGAGUGGCGGUUCCAACCAGGCAGGAAACGAGUUCUUCUUCGCGACCACCACCGCCGUCUCGUCAAUCUUCCCUUCAGAUGCCUGGGCAACAUCAAACACUACUUCAACAAGCUGGUAUGUCGAUACCCGUGGGAUUGCCCGUAUCACCCUCACGUCCUGGUCUAGAAGAGAUGCCUGAUCCACUGCCGUUAUUGGGUCCCACACCGGUCUCUCUCUCGGCCGCCGUGCCCAGCGCAGCAGCUGAUUGGUGGCAAGACAUGGGGUACGGCAUAGGCGGCGUAGAAGACUUCCCAAUGGAUUUGGAUAUGAAUUUGAGUAUGGGGACGGGGUUGGAUACGUUAUCUGACGUGCAUAUGACGGGCGAGGAUCUGGGCGGGCGUGAAGAAAUGCACGGAGAGGAAAGGCGAAAGCAAGAGUGA